CUGGGCCGUCCCAUCCCCAGUGCGCCAGCGAGGUUCGGGUGCUCGGAGCAGGAGGGGUCGGAGGAACCGGGAGCGAAAGAACCGGGAACGAAGAUCCGAAGGGUGAAGAAAUUCUCGGUGGUCCCACGCUCAGCCCCAUCAGAUUCAACAUCCGACCACCCCCCACCAUGAAAGCCAUCAGCCCGGUGCGGUCGGUUAGGAGCUGUUACGAGGCCGUUUGCUGCCUUUCGGAGCAAAGUUUGGCCAUCGCUCGCAGCAGCAACAACAAGAGCCCGGCGUUGGAGGAACCCAUGAAUCUGCUGUACGAUAUGAACGACUGCUACUCCAAAUUGAGGGAGUUGGUGCCGGGCAUCCCGCAGGGCACCAAGCUGAGCCAGGUGGAAAUCCUCCAGCACGUCAUCGAUUAUAUCUUCGACCUGCAGAUCGUGCUGGAAGAGGGGGCCAAGGGGCGAGACCACUCCUCGGAAGCCACCCUGCUGUCCCUUAAGGCAGCUGAGCUGGCCUCCGAGCUGUGCUCCAAAGACGAAAGAAGUUUGUGUCACUAACGCCUCCUCCAUCAGUGCCAAUUAGCAAACACGCACCGACCGUCGGUUCCCGAUUCGUUAUCAGCCGGAGGUAACGAGCCGCUUCCUGCACGGCGCCGGGCGGCUGCGGCCCCCCCCCCCCCCCCCCCCCCGGCCCCCCGCUUCGUGCUGUGCUAUGGGGCUGCGGACCCCCCCGUGCUGUGCUAUGGGGCUGCACCCACCUCCCCUCACCUCGGGGGUGCCUUCGAUACCCGACGAUAUCCAGAAAUCGGGAGAGAUGCGGCUGCUGAAUCCCAACCGGAGCGACUUUUUGGAGCGGCGCUCCCCGAAUCCCGGCUUUCUUUUAGGACUUUUUUUUUUUCCCUUUUUCUUUAGGACUUUUAUGAUGAUUAUUAUUUUUUUUUUUUCUUUUCCAACCCGCUGAUAAAAACGAGACACUUUCUUCGACAGACUGGUGAAGAUGCGGUUGUCUGUAUAUUUUUGGAUUAUAGUGAGCGAGUCCUUUGUAAAGGUGUUUAAUGGGGGGGG